UGAUCAAUACGAUAUUUGAUAUUUUGAGGAAUUAACAUUUUGAAGUUAGGGUCAGUUUAAAACCUAGACCCUAACUUAAGGAUGUUAAAUGCAAUUAAACCUAUAAUAUAUAUACCCAAACUUUUCUCCAUAAAUAAAUACCCUCCAGGAUCCAAACCAUCCAAAACAUCAAUGGCGAUCAGGAAAUCACACAAGCUGCCUCAGACCGCGGUUUUGAAGCAAAUCCUCAAGAGAUGUUCGAGCUUGGGGAAGAAACACCGCGGGUACGACGGAGAUGGUCUCCCUCUCGACGUACCCAAAGGCCACUUUGCCGUUUACGUUGGCGAAAACCGAAGCAGAUACAUUGUCCCGAUCUCGUUCUUGACACACCCCGAGUUUCAAUUCUUGCUCCACCGAGCCGAGGAAGAGUUUGGGUUCGAUCACGAUAUGGGCAUUACGAUCCCUUGUGAAGAAGCUGUUUUUCGAACGCUCACAUCUAUGCUUAGAUGAACAUUUACUUUGUACUAAGAACAUUAGAAGAUGCAUAUAUUUAUAGCAACAUGGUACUUUGUCAGAGAAUGUGGGUAGGUAAACAAGUACUGAUCUCAAGGAAAGAUGGUUUUUGAAUUAGAUAUUUGUAUUUUGGGUAAACUACAUUAUUAGUCAUUAAAUUAUGGGUAAGUUUUUGUUUUGGUCAUUUAAUUAAAUAAAGUUACAAUUUGGUUAUUGAACUAUUUAAAAGUUUUUAUUUAAGUCACUGAACUAUUCAAAAGUUCUUAUUCAA